AAAGAAAUGACUAUGUGCCGAUACACAUUACUCAAGGGAAAUCUGCCGGAGAUGCUGGUGAUUUUACAGGCUGGGCACCUCUGUGGGCUUCUGUCUCAAUAAGGACCUUGCACAAUUCUCCAACACCAGAUCCCUGGCUCACCUGUGGAGCAUGGACAAGUUCAAAGAGAUCUCAGCUCCAGCUGGUCAGAAGUUAAGUUUGAAUGGUUAGAGGCGGGUCGGAAGAUUACGACAUCCAAUCAUUCGCCAGAUACAAGGGUAAAAUCUGCACAUCUAUUGCCAGCUUUAGUCUACUCUGAUCAUCUCCAUUUGACCUUGAGAGGGGACACUUACUUCUUGCACGUCAGCAACAACCUUACAUUUGGUGAAUAUGAAUAGUGGGCUGGACAGUCUAAUAUUUAGAUGGUGAUGAUGGUUUUUAGGAAACUUCAAAAGAUUGUUCACGACAUCAAGAAAAAUGAUGGGGGCAUCAUGAAACAGAUCAAGAAGUUCCAAAAUGAUCAAGUGGCGUUAUUUUGCAAAACUGGCAAAGAAACUUGGGAUCGAAUGAAAAGCAAAUCGCCUCCGCCUCCUACUGUUCCGCAAAGAGAUUACGUGUUAGGUGAUGGAGAGGAAGAGCUUGAUGAAUGGUCAGAUGAAUCGGACAGUGAGUAUGUAAAUCCAGAUCCACAGUCAGAUUCAGAGACAUACGUCGAGCCAUCAGAAGAAGAUGACAAUUACGAGCCUCCCCCAACAGAACCUGUAAAGACUCUUUCUUCGUCUUUCACUUUCAAUUCCGCUGCAGGAGGAUAUGCAGAUAAACAAGGAAGCAGACAACUACCCUCUAUACCAGAUCAAGCAAGCAAAACUUCUAUGAGGUUACAGCCAAAUGCGAACCAAACAUUCCCCAAGGUAUCUCCACCUUUGCCCAACCAGCGAUUGCACAACGGUACAAAUGCACUACCUUUGUCUGUACCAAAACCUCUUUUGCCAAAGAAGCCAGUCACCCCAAGACCCCAUGCAAUGUCUCAAAACCAGUCUGCCAGCAAGAAGUCAAUCACACCUCCAAAGCAACAACAGUACUUGGAUGAGGAAGAGUAUAUUGUCCCAGAAGAUGAAGAGGACAAUUAUAUUGAACCUACACAAGAUCCACCUUGCCCACCUCCUGUUGUGAACAGAACUUCAAAACCUGUUACACCAACACUUGGUGAAAAUCAUUCGCAUACCCCAGCUUUGUAUGAAGUCCCUGAAAGUGAGCAAAAGCCACCUUCUCCUGUAAAAAGGAAUUCUAUACCUCUUCCAAGACUCAAUUCAUCACAAAAAGCGGAGCCAGCGUGUGAAGAUGAAUAUGAAGCAUGUGAUGAACCCGAAACUUUAGCUGUUGGCAACAGAAAAAACACACCAAACACUCCAUCCCCAUUGCCAAGAAAAUCCAAACCACUUCCUGCAUGGCCGCAAAAGACAGGCGAGUUUUCCCCUCGCGAUGCAAACAGCAAUAAUGGUAAGCCCACAGCAGCAGAUCGCAACCGAAAACCAAGUGUUGGAGCAAAUCUUCCUCCAUUGCCCCAUUCAGCUCAAAAAGCACCGAUUCCUCUGCCGAAAACCAACAUGCAGAAACCUCCAGACGUUCCAAGUCGUUACGUGAUCAACCCAAGCCGUAAAAGUUCUCACAGUAGCCCAGAAGAGGAGGCGGGAGUGCUAAAUAAAGAGUGGUUCGCUGCAUCGUGUGAUCGUAAAAAAGCAGAAGAAGCCCUGUACACAUCAUGCAAGGAUGGGUCUUUCCUUGUGAGGCAGAGUUCUGGGCAAGAUCCAAAGCAGCCAUACACGCUUGUGGUCUUUUACAACAGGAAAGUAUAUAAUAUACCGGUUCGAUUUAUUGAAGAAACAAGGCAAUAUGCGCUUGGAAGAGAGAAAAGCGGAGAGGAGAAAUUCAGCAGCGUUGCAGAGAUGAUUAUGAGCCACCAGCGAAUGCCCCUUGUGCUAAUUGACAGUCAGAACAACACAAAAGAUUCUACAAAACUGAGACAAGCGAUCAAAGUUUUAUAGGUUCCGUGUGGCAUUUGGGGGGGCUCUUUGCCAACGAGAGGCACAGACAAUACUGCCAUCAUUCAAUGACCGAGAACACUCACAAUUGUGUAUAUAUUUCUAAUUAUUAAGCAGUGUGGUUUCUGUGUUUGUUGCUUGGUAAAUUUCUAUGUUCCUUUCUGUAAAUAUUGUUAUAAUGUAUCCAGAUGGUGCUCCUGCGCAAUAAAAGAACAGUGUACAUUA